UCGUUCAUACUUUCGUCUGCGGUCGAGGACGAGCAUGGCCGCGAAGACGAAGGCAAAGACUCUCAUCGUCCGUUUGAUCUCGACGGCACAGACCGGGUUCUUCUAUACCACACAGCGACCGAGGGUAGGCCCGAAGUUGUCUGCCAUCAAGUACGACCCGAAGGUCAAACAACGGGUUCUGUUUGUCGAGAGCCGAAAGACAAAGAAAGGCUGAAGCGCCGCGAAAGCGAGAUAUAAUGCAUACCGCUGCCGGGUCCCAUUCGAGGUCGAUGCGGCAAAGCUUUCUAGAGACACUAGAGACACAAUGCCGUCUUUUGCAUAGGACACUCGAUACUCUGUAACAAGCUGCGACCAAGAGUACGCCGCGUAUCAGGCGCAAUGACAUGUCCGCUAGGGUUCGCACCUCAGCUUACG